AUGGCUUCCUCCAAAAAACGUUGCUACCCAUCAGGUCUAGAAAUCUCAUUUAAUGAGAAACAAAUCAAUUUGGUUGUGGAACACUGGCCUUGCUUCAUCACACUUGAAGCACAACUAUCUGAUCAAUUUUCAAAGCCUUUAACAAAAGUAUCACCUUUCGUCAUACAAAAAGGGAUACAAGGUAUUAUUGGUACACCGAAAUCAGUGAAAAAAUUGAAAUCUGGUGCUCUUCUCAUUGAAGUCACCAAAAAACAACAUUCGACAUCUUUGUUAGCAUUGAAAAAACUAGCUGAUAUUCCUGUUCUUGGAAAAGUCCAUAGUGGACUUAACCAAAGCAAGGGUAUUUUGUUUGACAGGGAUCAUGACCUGGAUGGAAUUCCAGAACAAGAAAUACAAUCUGAAUUGGAAUCCCAGGGAGUGGUCUCUGUGAAACGAUUUACAAAAAAACAUAACGAAAAUGUUGAGCCAACGAAUACUUACUUACUUACAUUUGGCAUGCCAACACUACCAACAAACAUCAAAGUUGGGUUGUACCAGAUGAAAAUUGAAAUGUUUGUCCCAAAUCCGCUGCGUUGUUUCAAGUGCCAGCGAUUUGGGCAUGGACAAAAUAAUUGUAAAGGCUCUGAUACGUGUUUCAGGUGUGGUGAAGAGGGGCAUGACGGAAAGAGUUGCCAGAAGGACCCAAGAUGUAAAAACUGCAAAGGAAACCAUAUGGCGUCUUCUAAACAGAACCCUCACUCUAUACGAACCCCCCUCAAAAAAUCAUGA